UAAAACCCUCAAUUGAUCGCUCCAACCUGAUCAGUGCAAAUAUUAAGGUUGGGAAAUCCCAUAAGUUUGAAGUAUACAUCAAAGGUGAACCUCCUCCUGAAAUUGUUUGGACCUUCGGUGAAGCUGGGGUAAAAAUUCACAAUGAUGAACACGUAAAGAUAGAGAACAAGGACUAUCAUUCUGAGUUUACCUUGACUAAAGCAACAAGAAGUCACAGUGGGAAGUACACGAUCCUGGCCACUAACUCUUUAGGCAAAGACACGGCUUCAGUGGACGUGACAGUAUUGGGAAAACCAUCCAGACCAGAAGGCCCUCUAGAUGUUAGUGAUGUACAUAGAGAAGGAUGUAAGAUCAAGUGGAAUAAGCCUAAAGAUGAUGGUGGUAGCCCUAUAAAACUAUAUGAAAUUGAAAAACUUGACAAGGAAACAGGAAGAUGGACUCGGUGUGGGAAGAGUGAUAAACUAGAAUUUGAAAUCAGUGGCUUGACUUCAGAAAAAGAGUAUGUGUUCCGUGUGGCAGCUGUCAAUGAUGAAGGGGAAUCAGAAUACCUUGAAACCCUUCAGCCAAUUGUUGCCAAGAAUCCCUAUGAUGAACCAGGAAAGCCAGGAACUCCAGAACUGGUAGACUGGGAUAAUGCCAGUGUGGACUUGAAGUGGUUACCUCCUAAAAAUGAUGGUGGUUCACCAGUCACCAAAUACAUCAUUGAAAGGAAAGAAAAAUUCACACUAAACUGGGAAAAAGUAGUUGAAGUACCAGGAAAUAUGCUGGAAGCUAAAGUUACAGACCUAAAGGAAAGGCAAGAAUAUCAGUUCCGGGUAGUAGCUGUUAAUAUAGCUGGAACUAGUGAACCAAGUAAUACCACCAUCAGUCAUCUGGUGAAGCAUCGCCAGUUAAAACCCUACAUUGACCGAACUAACUUGGACGCUAUCACAGCAAAGAGGGGCAAGAACGUCAAACUAGAAGUGAACAUUAAAGGAGAACCUCCUCCAAAAGUGACAUGGAAGUUUAAGGAAAAAAUUGUGGAAAACACAGAUUCUAUUGAUAUUAGUAAUGUUGAUUAUAACACCAAGCUCACCAUUACCGACGUUCACCGUCAUCAUUCCGGAUUUUACAAAAUUAUAGCAGAAAAUGAAGUUGGCAAAGAUGAAGCUGAGGUUGAAAUAACAAUUUUAGGGACUCCCUCAAGACCUCAGGGCCCUCUGAAAGUUGAGGAUGUUCAUGCCAAGGGAUGUAAGCUGAAGUGGAAUAAGCCAGAAGAUGAUGGUGGCAAGCCCAUACAACAUUACCUUGUGGAAAAACUGGACCUGAGUAGUGGAAACUGGAUGCCUGUUGAUCGCACAGACUCUGAUAAACCAGAAAUGGAAGUAAAAGGACUACUUACUGGAAAAGAUUAUCAGUUCCGUGUGAAGGCUGUCAAUCCAGAAGGAGAAUCUGAACCCCUUAUUGCAGAUACACCCAUAAAGGCUAAAAAUCCUUAUGAUGAGCCUGGAGCACCAGGAACACUGGAAAUUGUAGACUGGGAUGAAAAGAGAGUUGACCUCAAGUGGGAGCCACCGAGAAAAGAUGGAGGAGCACCUAUUACAUAUUAUAUUAUUGAAAUGAAAGAACGUUUCUCAACAAAUUGGGAUACCUGCUUAGAAACAAAGAGCUCAAAACCAGAAGCCACAGUCUUGGACUUGACUAAAGGUCAACAGUACCAAUUUCGUGUUCUUGCUGUGAACAAAGCAGGACCAGGACAACCUAGUGAACCAACAGGAAACCAUGCUGUUAAAUCAAGAUACCUGGCUCCAAAGAUCAACCGUGAUAACCUGGAACCAAUAACUGUUCGAGCUGGCCACUUGGCUAAGCUGGAUGUGGAAGUUAUUGGAGAACCCUCUCCAAAAUUGACAUGGUCUUUCCAUAUGAAAGAACUUUUACCUGGUGAGAAGAUCAAAAUUGAGAAUGAAGACUAUCAAACACACCUACGUUUAAGCAGUUUAGCUCGGAAGGAUUCUGGGAAGUACAAGAUAACUGCAGUCAACAGUUCUGGUAAAGAUGAGGAAGAGAUUGAAAUAAUUGUACAAGACAAACCCUCUACUCCAGAAGGUCCUUUGGAGGUGUUAGAUGUUCAUGCUGAAGGAUGUAAAUUGAAGUGGAACAAGCCAAAGGAUGAUGGUGGUCUUCCUCUGGAUGGAUACAUAAUUGAGAAAAUGGACACUUCUACCAGUCGCUGGGUCCCUGUUGGCAGAGCUGACAAAGAUAAUCUAGAAAUGACUAUUACUGGACUUGAACCUGGAAAUAAGUACCAGUUUCGAGUAAAAGCUGUUAAUGAAGAAGGAGAAUCAGAACCAUUAGAAACAGAAAGGACAAUGCUCGCAAAGAAUCCUUAUGAUGUACCUGGACCCCCAGGACUUCUGAAGAUCACUGACUAUGAUUCUGAUUUUGUUCAACUUAACUGGGAAACCCCAGUGAAUGAUGGUGGGUCACCAAUUAAUGGAUACGUCAUUGAAAAGAAAGAUAAGUAUAAAGUUACCUGGAUAUCCGCUGCCGAGAUUCAAGGGAACAUUCCACAAGGCAAGGUUAAGGGAUUAAAUGAAGGAGACAAGUAUGAAUUCCGUGUCCGAGCUUUCAAUAAGGCAGGCUCUGGUGAACCUAGUGAGGCUACUCCCCCACAUCUGGCAAAAUCAAAAUUUUUGAAACCUCGCAUUGACCAAUCGAAUCUGAACAAUGUGACAGUAAAGGUAGGACAGGUUGUAAACUUAGACGUGAAUGUGAUUGGUGAACCACCUCCCAAAGUUGAGUGGAUGUUGAAUGACAAAGUCUUGGGGUCAAGUGACAGUUAUAAAAUUGACAGUGUGGAUUACAACACCAAGUUCAGUAUCUUACGUGCCACUCGCAAGGAGAGUGGCUUGUAUAAGAUUCUGGCAACCAACAGCAGUGGCAGUGAUGAAUGUGAAGUGGAAAUCACUGUCUUAGGUAAACCAGGCAGGCCCAAUGGUCCUCUUGAAGUGUCCAAUGUCCACAAGGAAGGCUGCAAGCUGAAGUGGCAGGAACCUGACGAUGAUGGAGGAACACCAAUAGAAUGUUAUGAAAUUGAAAAGAAGGAUGAAGACACUGGCAUAUGGGUUCCAGCUGGAAAGUCCAGACAUAUGAACUUUGAGGUUAAGAAUCUGGUCCAAGAAAAGAAAUAUCAUUUUCGCGUAAGAGCAGUUAACAAGGAAGGAGAUUCAGAUGAACUGGAAACUUCCCUUGCUACUCUUGCUAAAAAUCCUUAUGAUGAGCCAGGAAAGCCUGGACGUCCAGAACCAGUGGACUGGGACAAAGACCAUAUUGACCUUAAGUGGAGAGCACCAGCAAGUGAUGGAGGAUCUCCUAUAACUGGAUAUAUCAUUGAAAAGAAAAAGAAAGAUUCUCAUAAAUGGCAGAAGGGUAAACUUCUGUCAGGAGACAAGACAAUAGCUACUGUAACAGAAGUUGAAGAGGGAGAUGAGUAUGAGUUCAAAGUCAUUGCUGUGAAUAAAGCUGGUCAAAGCGAACCAAGUGAUUCAUCCAAAUAUGUUAUUGCAAAACCGAGGUUCCUGGCCCCAUACAUUGACCGUACAGACCUUAAGAAUGUAGUGGUUCAUUCUGGUCAGGCUGUAAGAUUUGAUGUGAACAUAAAAGGUGAGCCUCCUCCGAACAUUACCUGGAUUUUUAAUGACCAACAAAUCCAGUCCUCGGGUCAUUUAAAAAUAGAAAUUGAAAAUUACCGUACGCAGUUUGUGCUCACCAAGGCUAAGAGAAGAAAUUCUGGAAAAUAUACCAUUACAGCCCAAAAUGAUUCUGGAAAAGAUGAAGUAACUGUGGACGUCACCAUAAUAAGUAAACCUGGUAUACCUAAAGGACCACUACAAGUUUCUGAUGUACAUGCUGAAGGUUGUACACUGAAAUGGGACAAACCCGAGGAUGACGGGGGAGAGCCAGUCCAACAGUACACUGUUGAGAAGAUGGACAUAGAAACUGCACGCUGGGUGCUUGUUACAACAACAAGGGAACCAGAAGCAGAAGUUACUGGCUUAGUACCUAGCAAAGAGUACAAAUUUAGAGUAAAAGCUGUGAAUUCUGAAGGAGAAUCUGAUGCUCUGGAGACAGAAACAACAGUCCUAGCAAAGAAUCCUUAUGAUGAACCAGGCAAACCAGGUAAACCUUCUUCUAAAAACUGGGACAAGCAUUUUGUGGAUCUUGUUUGGAGCCCACCAAAGAAUGAUGGAGGUGCACCAAUAACUAGCUAUGUUAUAGAGAAGAAAGAUAAGUAUAGCACUAAGUGGCAAAAGGCAACAGAAAUCAUUGGAGAAAAAUGUGAGGUUCAUGUUCCUGAUCUUAUGGAGAAUGUGGAAUAUCAGUUUAGGGUUCGAGCCAUCAAUAAAGCUGGUUCUGGCAAUGCUAGUGAUCCAUCAGAUACUAUCACUACCAAGCCUCGAUUUUUGGCACCUAAACUUGAGAAGAUGCGAGAUAUGAAAGUUCAUGCUGGACAGACAAUUAAAUUUAAUGUGAAAAUUAUUGGUGAACCAACACCCAAAAAAACAUGGCAACUGAGUGAAACUGAACUGAAGUCAGAUGGCCACAUCACAAUUGAAAGUGAAACAGAGAAGGCUUUGCUGAUUAUCAAUAAUGCCCAGCGUAAGGAUUCUGGACGUUAUUGUUUGAUAGCUGAGAAUUCUUCAGGAAAAGAUGAAGCAUCUGCUGAAGUAAUAGUAUUAGACAAACCAUCAGCUCCAGAGGCUCCAUUGGAAGUGUCAAGUGUGCAUGCUGAAGGCUGUAAACUGAAAUGGAACCCACCCAAGGAUGAUGGUGGGGAACCUUUGGAUCACUAUGGAGUGGACAAAAUGGAUACUGAAACUGGACGCUGGUUACCAGUUGGUCGCACUAACAAACUUGAAAUGGAUGUGGGUAACUUAACAGCAGGACAUGAAUACAGAUUCAGAGUAAGAGCUGUCAAUGCUGAAGGAGAAUCUGAACCUUUGAUGGCAGAAAAAUCAGUUGUAGCAAAAGAUCCGUUUGAUCCUCCAGGUCAACCAGGAACACCUGAAAUUAAGGACUGGGAUAAAGAACAUAUGGAUCUUAAGUGGGCUCCACCUUUCAAAGAUGGUGGUGCUCCAGUAAAGAGUUAUAUAAUUGAAAGAAAAGAAAAGUUUGAAACACGCUGGGCAAAAGCAGCAGUAAUUGAUGGUAAUGUGUGUGAAGGUCGCGUACAAGAUCUGAUUCCUGGCGACACCUACCAGUUCCGUGUUCGAGCUGUAAAUGCUGCAGGACCUGGUGACCCAAGUGAGACCACAAAACCAGUUGUUGCUAAGCCUAGAAAAUUACUCCCUAAGAUUGAACGACGUAGCUUGAGACCAAUCACUAUUAAAGCUGGCCAGCCAUUUGAAUAUGACGUUAAGAUUAUUGGUGAGCCAUCUCCAACAGUCACAUGGAAACUUAAGGACAAACCUGUGACAGAAGGACCUAAUAUAACCAUCACAAAUGUUCCAUACAAUAGUAAACUGACUUGUGACAAGUCUCAGCGGAAGGAUUCGGGAAUCUACCACAUAGUAGCAGUCAACCAGUAUGGCCAAGAUGAAGCUGAAGUUGAAGUUACUGUCUUGGCUAAACCAGGAAAACCUGAAGGUCCCUUGGAAGUUAGUGACAUCCAUAAGCAUGGUUGUAAAUUACAAUGGAAUAAGCCUAAAGAUGAUGGAGGAGAGAUUAUUGACCAUUAUACUGUUGAAAAACUGGAUCCAGAUAUUGGAUCCUGGAGGCAUCUUUGUAAGAGCCAUGUUCCAGAGGCUGAAGCUAGUGGGCUAACACCAGGAAAGUCUCACCAGUUCCGAGUUAAAGCUGUGAAUAAGGAAGGAGAAUCAGAACCUCUGGAAACUAUAGCUCCCAUUGUCAUUAAAGAUCCCUACGAUCCACCUGGUGAACCAGGACGUCCUGAAGCAACAGACUGGAAUAGAGACCACGUAGAUCUAAAAUGGAAGACUCCCGACAGAGAUGGUGGUACCCCCAUUACUCAUUACAUUAUUGAAAAGAGUAAGAAAGGCAGUUCAGUAUGGGAGAAAGCUGCUGAAGUACCAGGAGAUGUGUGUAAAGGAACUGCUCCUUUCCUAGAGGAGGGAAAAGAGUACGAGUUCCGUGUGAUUGCAGUUAAUAAGGCUGGACCUGGUGAACCUAGUAAAGCUUCAAAACCAGUUGUUGCCAAACCUCGUUUCUUGGCUCCCGUCAUUGAUCGAAAGAACCUUAAAGAUGUGACUGUUAAAGCUGGACUUUUGAUCAAGUUUGAUGUCAAUAUUUCUGGUGAACCACCUCCUACAGUAACAUGGAACCUGAAUGAUGACAUUCUCAAGCCUGAUAAACAUAGGCAAAUUGAAAACGAAGAGUACAAUACCAAACUAACUGUUCGACGAACUACUCGAUCUGACAGUGGCCAGUAUACAGUAAUGGCUAUGAAUAGUUCAGGAAGAGAUUCUGCUUCUGUUUAUGUUACAGUGGUUGAUAAGCCAACUCCUCCAGAGGGACCGCUUGAAGUUCUGGAUGUUCACAAAGAAGGAUGCAGACUAAAAUGGAAACGACCAAAGGAUGAUGGAGGUGUGCCACUUGAAGGGUAUGAAGUGGAGAAGAUGGAUCCAGAAUCAGGGGUUUGGGUUCCUGUAGGGAAACAAAAGGAACCAGCUAUGGAAGUAACAGGGCUUACUACAGGCAAAGACUACAAGUUCAGGGUUAGAGCUUUAAAUAAGGAGGGUGAAUCUGAACCCCUAGAAACACAGAAACCUAUUAAAGCAAAGAAUCCAUAUGAUGAGCCAGGCCAACCAGGAAAACCAGAACCAACUGACUGGGACAAAGACCAUGUGGAUCUUAAAUGGACACCACCUGAAAGUGAUGGUGGUUCUCCUGUCACUGGCUAUAUCAUAGAAAAGAAGGACAAGUUUGGUGACUGGGAGAAAGCAUUGGAAGUUCCAGCCACUCGAACCAAAGCUACUGUUCCAGAUCUCAUACAAGGUCAACCACUGGAGUUUCGUGUUCGAGCCGUCAAUAAGGCUGGACCAGGAACACCAAGUGAAGCAAGCACGCCUGUGGUCACAAAGCCAAGAAGAUUACCACCUCAGAUAGAACAGACUAGUCUGUAUAAAGUCCGAAUCAAAGCAGGACAUUCGUUCAAUUUUGAUGUGAAUGUAAUUGGGGAGCCAGCCCCAGAGACAACGUGGAAACUACGAAAUAGAAAUGUGACAUCCUCAGACCGAGUGAAGGUUGUAAGUGAACCGAAUAACACUAAGCUUUCUGUACGUCAGGCCAGGCGAGAAGACUGUGGAAUGUACACCAUCACAGCUGUUAAUGAACAUGGAAAGGAUGAAGCUCAAGUAGAAGUGGUUGUACUUGAUAAACCUUCUCCACCUGCUGGUCCUCUGAAAGUGGAUGAUGUUCAUGCCGAAGGAUGUACACUAAAAUGGAACCCACCAGGGGACGAUGGUGGGGUUCCUAUUGAUCAUUACAAUGUUGAGAAAAUGGACACUGAAUCUGGCAAAUGGAUACCUGCUGGUGAAACUGUUGGACCAGAAACCUCCUUGAAGGUUAAAGGUCUUCAGCUUGGGAAAAAGUAUAAAUUCCGAGUUAGAGCUGUAAACAGACAGGGAGAGUCAGGUCCUUUGGAAACAGAUAAAGUCACUGAAGCCAAAAAUCCAUUUGAUGAACCAGGCAAACCGGAGACUCCAGAGAUUGAAGACUAUGACAAGGACUUUGUGAAACUGAAAUGGCAGCCUCCAGCAAGUGAUGGUGGUUCUCCUCUCACUGGAUACAUUCUGGAGAAGCAAGACAAACAGAAUCCUGAUUGGAUACCAGUAAUGGAAGUGUCAGCUAGUGAAACAAGGGCUAAGGUUACUGACCUGGACGAAGGCAGUCAGUAUGAGUUCAGAGUUCGAGCUGUGAACAAAGGUGGUCCUGGGAUUCCCAGUGAUGCCACGGUUCCUCAUGUUGCCAGGCCAAAGAACAUGGCACCUAGAAUUGAUCGCAAUUCCAUGAAUGACAUUCGUAUCAAGGCUGGCAAAAGCUUUGAAUUGGAUGUUCCAGUUCAAGGUGAACCUCCUCCAACCAAGAAGUGGACGCUGGAAGGAAAACCAGUGGAUGGAUUAAGAAGGUGGACUAUAAAGCAUGAAGACUAUAAAACAUGCAUCAGUGUUCGCAAUGCUGAACGGGGUGACAGUGGGACUUUGAACCUUACAGCAACAAACAUAAAUGGUUCAGACAGUGAAAAAGUAACUGUAAUUGUGUUAGAUGUACCAAGUGCUCCUCAGAACUUGUACAUAUCUGAAAUUACUAAGGAAAGCUGUUGGCUAACAUGGAGGCCACCAAAGGAUAAUGGUGGAUGUGAGAUAUCUCAUUACGUGGUGGAAAAAAAGGAUGUAGAGAUGGGCCGAUGGAUGCCAGUUGGAGAAAAUGGUGACCCCAAAAUACGAGCUGAUAAACUUAUAGAAAAUCAUGAGUAUACUUUCCGUGUGAAAGCUGUGAGUCGGGAGGGUGAGUCACCAUGGCUGACUGAUAGAGAUCCCAUUACUGCAAAGAAUCCAUUUGAUCAACCUGAUAAACCAGCAGCACCAGAAGUGGUGGACUGGGACAAAGGUCAUGCAGACCUUGAAUGGCGACCUCCUAGACGUGAUGGUGGUGCUCCAAUAACCACUUAUGUCAUUGAAAAGAAACCUAAACUAAGUCCCCUGUGGGAAGAGGCUAUGAGAGUCCCUAGUGAUGCAACCAAAGCUAAAGUUCCUGAUCUUAAGGAAGGAGAAGAAUACGAAUUUCGUAUUAUUGCUGUGAACAAGGCUGGCCUUAGUGAACCCAGUGAUCCAUCUCAGCCUGUUGUUGCAAAACCACGCUUUUUGGCUCCAUCCUUAGAUAAAGCAGCCCUGCAGGACAUAAAGGUGCGUGCUGGUCGUCCUAUAAGCUACACAGUUCCUGUCCGAGGUGAGCCUACACCUUCAAUCACAUGGUAUAUCAAUGACAAAUCUGUAAUAGGAAAUCCAAGAGUUGAAGUGACAUCUACUGCUGGUCAGACUAUCCUGGAUAUUCACUCAUCAUUUCGCUCUGACAGUGGAAAAUAUACAUUAACACUGGAAAACACAUCAGGAAAGACAAGUGCAUCAGCUAUAGUUACUGUCAUAGCUCGACCAUCACCUCCAGAAGGCCCACUCACCAUCACUGAUAUCACCCGAAAUUCUGCACAACUAGGCUGGAAGGUGCCUAAAGAUGAUGGUGGGUCUCACAUUAAGUACUACAUCAUUGAGAAGAUGGAUAUAUCCCGUGGAACUUGGGUGGAGGUUGGCAAGACAGAUAAGCUUACCUAUAAAGUCCAGAAACUAAUUCACAAAAAGACUUACGAAUUUCGGGUUUGUGCCAUGAAUGAAAUCGGUGAUUCUGAUUUUCUGGCUGGAGAUAAACCAGUUACAGCUAAAGAUCCUUAUGAAAAACCAAGCAAACCAGGUAAACCUAAAGUAACUGACUGGGACAAAGAUCGGGUUGACCUAGAAUGGAGCCCACCAAAGGAAGAUGGUGGCUCCCCUAUUACUGAAUACACUAUUCAAAAGAAAGAACGUGGUUCCCCUAUUUGGACUAAGGCUGCAGAGGUACCUUCUUCUUCAACUAAAGCUGUUGUACCUGAUCUUGUAGAAGGGAAUGAUUAUGAAUUUCGUGUGAUUGCCAAAAAUAGGGCUGGUGAGAGUGAGCCAAGUGACUCAUCUGAGAUAAUAACGGCUAAACCUAGAUUCUUGGCUCCAAAAAUUUUAACUCCAAUGACAGAAAUGAAAAUAAAAGUUGGUCGCACCCUUCAUACUGAAGUCACGUUUCUUGGCCAGCCAGCUCCUGAGGUUUCAUGGAUGCAAAAUGGCAAGAAGCUGGUUUCUGAUGAAAGAAUUACAAUCUCUGCAUUUGAUGACUAUACUGUUGUCAAUGUAGUAGACACUAGAAGAUCAGAUACUGGGCCAUAUACUUUGACCGUGACAAAUGAAAGUGGUAAAGAUAGUGGCACUUUGACAGUCAUAGUUCUUGAUAAGCCUUCUGCUCCAGAAGGUCCAUUAAAUAUUGAUGAAGUUGACAGAAGUCAUGUGAUUUUAUCCUGGAAGCCACCUAAAGAUAAUGGAGGCACUGAUUUGACUGGCUACAUUCUUGAGAAACGAGACAAGACCCAUGAAGGAAGCUGGGUUCCUGCUGUGCUACAUGUUUUACCCAGUGCAACUACAUGUACUGUUGGCAAGUUAAUGGAAGGCAUUGCAUAUGAAUUCCGUGUCAUGGCAGAAAACCCCCAGGGUAUAUCGGAACCUUUAGCCACAGCUAAGCCUGUUGUUGCAAAAAGCCCUUAUGGUGUCCCAGGCACACCUGGUCAGCCACAGCCAGUGGAUCAUGAUCGAGACUUUAUUAAGAUCAAGUGGACUCCUCCAAGAUCUGAUGGUGGCUCUCCUGUCCAAGGUUAUGAUGUUGAAAGAAGAGACACUAAAGCUACUCGUUGGAUGCGCACUAAUAAAAUGCCAAUUAGGGGAACAGAGUUUACUGACGACACAGUGACUGAUGGGCAUCAGUAUGAGUACAGAGUUGUCGCAAGGAAUGCAGCAGGCUCUAGUGAGCCUAGCCAGGCCUCAAAACCAAGCUGCAAACCAAUGAAAGAAAAACCCAAACUACAUAUGGAUAGUGGUCGCACAGUUCGAGUCAGAGCUGGAGAACUUCUUAAUGUAAGCAUACCCCUGACUGGAGCUCCCGAGCCAACUGUGAACUGGAAAAUUAAUGACAAACAAAUACCAGUUACAAAUCGCAUCAAGUUAGAAAGUGCUUAUGAGAAUGUGAGCCUAACCACCUGUUCCCAAAGAAGUGACAGUGGCAAGUACAGUAUCACUGCCAAAAACUCGUAUGGUGAGGACUCGGCAGAUAUAACUGUUCUAGUAUAUGACAAACCAAGUCCUCCACAAGGACCUCUUGACUAUCCUUCUACUACUAGCUCAACUGUAACCCUUCAGUGGAAAAAACCAGAAGAUGAUGGAGGUUCUGCAAUCACAGGUUACCAAAUUGAAAAGUGUGAGGUUGGUAGUGAAAAAUGGGUUACUGUACCUGGGUAUUGCACCACCACCACCUUUACGAUAAAAAAUCUUGAUGAGGGAAAUCAGUACAAGUUUAGAGUUCGUGCUGAAAAUAUAUAUGGAGUCAGCAAGCCCCUGGAAGGAAAACCUGUCACUGUCAAGAAUCCGUUUGAAACUCCUGAUGCCCCAGGUCAACCAAAGGUCACUGAUUUUGGCCCAUCCUCAGCUGAUCUCACAUGGAAGCCCCCCACUAAUGAUGGUGGCCGACCAGUUAUUGGUUAUAUUAUUGAGAAGAGAGAAAAAGCCUCAUAUGACUGGACAGUGGUGAAUUCUCAUCCCACUCCAAGUACCGAAUUCACUGUGCCAAACUUAGCAGAAGGACAGAGCUAUGAGUUUAGAGUUUUAGCCGUUAAUGAAGGUGGACGAGGGAAGCCCAGCAGGCCAACCCAACCUAUUGUAGCUAAGGAAAGGAAAUAUGCUCCAGAUUCUCCUGAUAUGCCUCGUAUAGAUAAAAUCACUAGAAACUCAGUAACUCUCUCUUGGAAAAAACCAGUUCAUGAUGGAGGAAGCAAAGUCAAUGGUUAUCUUGUGGAGAAAAAACCCAAAGGAGCCAAAGAAUGGGACAUUGUCAACACAUCACCACAUCCUGACACCACAUACACUGUACCAAGUUUGAUGGAAAGUGAAGAAUAUGAGUUCCGUGUGAUUGCAGUCAAUGAUGUAGGAGAUAGUCCACCAAGUCAUCCUUGUUCAAUGGUAAAAGUAGAAGACCAACCAGAUAAACCAAGAAUUGAUGCAGGAAAUCUUAAAGAUAUUGUCAUUAAGGCAGGUCAAGAAUUUAGCCUCAACGUUCCCUUUACUGCUUUUCCUAAACCUACAGCCACAUGGUCUAAGAAUGACUUUGAAGUGGAUGAAAAAGACUCCAGGAUUUUCACUAAGGUUGGAGAAGACUAUGCUAUUAUAGCUCUGACAGAUGCCAAACGAUUAGAUUCUGGACAGUACAAGCUCUUCCUAAAGAACAAGUCAGGUUUUGAUACUGCUUAUUGCAAGGUCACUGUUCUAGAUCGACCUGGUUCUCCAGAGAACCUUAGAAGUGAAGAUGUUGAGGGAGAAUCUCUCACUCUGAAAUGGCUUCCACCUAAAGAUGAUGGUGGAGCUGAAAUAACAAACUAUGUAGUUGAGAAAAAAGAAGUUGGAGCUAGUGCAUGGACAAGGUUCAGUAGCUAUGUGACAACCACUGCUUGUCGAGUGAGAAAUCUCAUGGUAGGACACAGGUAUGACUUUCGUGUCAUGGCUGAGAACCAGUUUGGAACCAGCGAUCCAGUCACUACGAGUGAAUCCAUUAUGGCUAAACUGCCUUUCAAUCCACCAGGUGCUCCAGGCAUUCCUCGAUCUAUUGAAUCAUCUGAAGAAUCCAUCACUUUGUCAUGGACCAAACCUCGUAGCGACGGUGGCAGUCCUGUCACUGGCUAUAUACUUGAGAAGCGGAAGACUGGUGAUGAGAAUUGGACCAGAGCAUCCAUGGCUGUUAUACCAGAUCUUACUUACAGGGUUGGUGGACUCACUGAAAACUGGGACUAUGAAUUCCGUAUUUGUGCAGUGAAUGAGGCAGGAUCUGGUCCAUAUAGCUCAACUUCUGAUAGCAUCAGGGCUAGAGCACCUCCAGCCUCCCCAAAGCUUGAUACCAGUUUUGCCAUGCGUGAUAUUAUUGUGCCAGCUGGGGAGGAAUUCAAUAUUCAAGUGCCAUAUUCUGGUAGCCCAACACCACAUGCAUCAUGGACCAUUAAUGGCAAAGAUCUACUUCCUGAUGAUCGUGUGUACUCAGAGGUGAAUGUAGCUUUCACCAUUCUCACUAACAAAUGUUCAAAAAGAGAGGAUUCUGGGAAGUAUACGCUGAAACUUACCAAUGAUGUUGGCUCUGACUCUGCUUCUUGCAAAGUAGUCAUUGUUGACAAACCUGGACCUCCUCAAGGCCCACUAGAAGUUUCAGACAUUACACCAGAAACUUGCUCUUUGUCGUGGAGACCACCAUUGGAUGAUGGUGGGAGUCCUCUACUUAAUUACGUUGUGGACAAACAAGAUCCCAGUACUAAGAUUUGGACCAAAUUAAGCAGUUUUGUUCGAGGAUGUCAUUAUGAUGUCAUUGGGCUUGAACCCAAGAAGAAAUAUGUAUUUCGUGUCAGUGCUGAAAAUGAAUAUGGUGUGGGACCACCCUUAGAGACAGAUAAAUCAAUUACGGCUAAGUUUCCAUUUGAUAUUCCAAGUCCUCCUGGAGCUCCUACUAUUGUAGAUUGGGAUGCAAACAGUGUUAACUUGCUGUGGGAACGACCAUCCACUGAUGGAGGCUCUAAGAUACAGGGCUACUUUAUUGAGUACAGAGACUUGGUGGAUGGUAACUGGAUCAAGGCUAACAAUUUCUUGGUGAAGGAUACAGCUUUCAAAGUGUCAGAUCUUAUAGAAAACCAUGAAUACGAGUUUCACGUGUUGGCAAAGAAUGCUGCAGGACUCAGUAAACCGAGCCAACCUACAGCUACUUUCAAACUUAGGUCCAAGUUUAAUGCACCAUCACCUCCUGAAAACCUGAAAGUUGUACAAGUUGGAAAAACCUAUGUGGACCUAAAGUGGGAGAAGCCAAGAACUGAUGGAGGAACCAAAAUCACAGGCUACAUUGUAGAGAUACGUGAGAAAAACAGCCCCUUAUGGUUCAAAGCCAAUGAUUACAAUGUUCUAGACUGUGAUUUCUCUGUAACAAACCUCACUGAAAGUAGUGAGUAUGAAUUCCGAGUGUUUGCUGUAAAUGCUGCCGGAAAAAGUGAUCCUGUUAUGACACAUGGGCCUGUAAAGGUUCAGGAAGUUCCAGAUGGUAUGAAGCCAGAGUUUUUGAGGACACUAUUUAACAAGAACACUAACCUCAAGAAGUCUGUGACCUUGGAAUGUGAAGCCAUUGGCAAACCUCACCCUGUAGCUCGAUGGUUUAGAAAUGGACGGGAAGUUCAUCCAGGUGUACGAAUCAAAGCUAUAGAUAAUAAAGAUGGAAUCUAUAAACUACAAAUCACAGAAACAUGGGACUCAGAUGAUGGAGAGUACACCUGUGAAAUCAGCAACUCCUUAGGCUCAGACAGAUGUACUGCUAAACUAAAUGUUGCAGCUCCUCCUAAGAUUGAAAGAUGUCCAAAUGAAGUGUGCAUACCUGAAAAUGAUAAUGGGAAGGUUAAAAUAUUCUUUUCCGGUACUGGACCAUUUGAGGUGAAUUUGUUCAAGCAUGGACUGGAAGUCAGCGAGAGCAAACACAUGAAGAUAACUGUGUUCGAUGAUUAUGUUAUUAUCUUCCUGCGAGAAGCUUUGAAAGAUGAUGAAGGCAAGUACAAGUUGACUGUGAAAAAUGACAGUGGAGUGGCUGAUGCAAGUUUCACUCUCUUUGUAACAGGUCGUCCAGGGCCACCAGAAGGACCACUAGAGGUCUCUGACAUUGCUCAGCAUUCAGCAUCUCUUUCAUGGCGACCACCAACUCAUGAUGGUGGCUCAAAAGUCACACACUAUGUUGUAGAGAGAAAAGAAACCAGUCAUAGCCAGUGGGUGAUAGCUAUGAGCUAUUGUCGGGAUGUCAAAUGUGUAGUCCAGGGGUUAACAGAAGGCGGAGAAUACCUCUUCCGAGUAAUGGCAGUUAAUGAAAAUGGACAGAGUUUGCCAUUAGAGGGUGCUAAUCCAAUAAUUGCCAAACUUCCAUUUGACCCUCCCUUGGCUCCUGGAAUUCCAACAGUAACUGAAGUUGGAGGUGAUUUUGUGAAUUUGUCCUGGGAAAAACCUGAAUCUGAUGGAGGAGCACGAGUACAAGGGUACUGGAUAGAUAAACGAGAAUACGGUACACAGACUUGGCAGAAGGUGAACCAAUUCCUUUGUGUUCCAACUCAGAUCAACAUUUCAAAUUUAAUAGAAGACAGACAGUAUGAAUUCCGUGUGUUUGCUGUAAAUGAAGCUGGAAGUAGUCCGCCAUCAGUGAAUUCAACAUCGGUUAAGAUCAAAGAUCCAAGCGCGGCUACUCCACCAGAGUUUAUUGUUCCACUUCGAAAAGUUAUGGCUAUUGAGAACAAGAGUGCGGAGCUGGUCUGUAAAGUUGUAGGGAAUCCUAAACCAGAAAUCACAUGGUACAAAGGAAUGAGAGAACUGUUUGAAGGUGGUAAGUACUCCAUUAUCCAUGAGGGAGACAACCACAUACUGAUGAUUUCUGAAGUGUAUGGUGAGGAUGCUGAUGAGUAUAGUUGUCGAGCAAUCAACAAGGGAGGAGUUCGAACAUCUCGUGCAGAGCUUGUUAUCAAAACUAUUCCUCACAUUAAUGUGCCACCUCGCUUCCGGGAACUAGCAUGUUUUGAAAAAGGAGAAAAUGUUGUUCUAAAAAUUCCCUUCACGGGCUUCCCAAAGCCCACCAUUAGAUGGUCACAGGAGGGCGAGGUGAUUGAGAGCGGGGCUCACUAUAACAUCAAGGUAACCGAUCGACAUGCCAUCUUGACUAUCAGGGAUGUUACUAAGGCAGACAAUGGACCGUAUCGAUUAAUGGCAGAAAAUGAACUUGGAGUGGACUCUGCAAUCAUAAAGAUCCAAAUUAGUGAUAAACCAGAUGCUCCAAGAUUUGCUGUUAUAGAAAAUGUGUAUGAAGACUCUGUAACUAUCACCUGGAAGCCACCACUCUGGGAUGGCAGUAGCAACAUCACUAACUACCUGGUAGAGAAACGAGAGGUGCCUAUGAGUAGCUGGAUUCGUUGUGGAAAUUCAAGGUUUUGUAACAUCACUAUAUCUGGCUUGAAUCCCAGCAAAGAUUAUGAGUUCAGAGUAUAUGCAGAAAAUGUCUUUGGAAGGAGUGAACCAAGCGAACCCACUGUAUUAAUAACUACAAAACCGAUAGAAAAGGAGAAAGUAAAGAAGAAGAAUUAUAUGGUUGAUGCAUCUGGCAAAAAGAUUCGUGGUAGAUCAGAAGGAAAAGUUAGGAAUUACAACCAGUUUGUGUUUGAUAUAUAUGAAAAAUAUGUUCCCCAACCUGUGGACAUCAAGACUGUCAGUGUUUACGACUAUUACGAUAUCUUAGAAGAAAUUGGAGUUGGUGCUUUUGGAGUGGUUCAUCGAUGCAGAGAAAGGAAGACAGGAAAUGUGUUUGCUUCAAAGUUCAUUCCAGUCACCCAGCCUGCAGAAAAGGCUGUUAUAAAAAAAGAGAUUGACAUUAUGAACCAACUUCAUCAUCCUAAACUAGUUAGACUUCAUGAUGCUUUUGAAGAUGAUGAUGAAAUGGUUCUUAUCUAUGAAUUUAUGGCUGGUGGUGAAUUAUUUGAAAAGGUAACAGUAGAGGAUUACAAAAUGUCUGAGGCAGAGGUUAUCAACUAUAUGCGGCAAAUCUGUGAUGGUGUGAAACACAUGCACGAGAGAAACAUUCUUCAUUUAGAUAUCAAGCCAGAAAACAUAAUGUGUCAAACUCAGAACAGCACAGAUAUCAAACUGGUUGAUUUUGGUCUUGCCACAAAACUGGAACCUAAUGAAGUUGUGAAAAUCUCGACAGGCACAGCAGAGUUUGCUGCCCCUGAAAUUGUAGACAGAGAACCCAUUGGGUUUUACACAGACAUGUGGGCAGUGGGAGUCCUGGCUUAUGUCCUGUUGAGUGGCUUGUCCCCCUUUGCUGGGGACACAGAUAUUGAUACAUUGAAAAAUGUAAGAGCAUGUGAUUGGGAUUUUGACGAUGAGGCUUUUGAGAAUGUCUCAGUAGAAGCAAAGGAUUUUAUUCGAAGGCUGUUGAAUAGAAAAAAAGAGAAACGAAUGACGAGCCAUGACUGUCUAGAUCAUCCUUGGUUAAAGGGUGAUAUCACAGAAGCUCCAACAAUAACAAUUCCUUCCAUGAGAUACAUGGCUCUCAGAGAUCAAAUCCGAGAGAAAUAUGGUGAUUUCUGGGACUCGUGUCUACUGCCUUUUGGUCGUAUUGCUAAUUACAGCUCACUUAGAAAACUCCAGAAAGAGAAGUACAGAGUCGAGGACUUUUUCUUUGAUUGGCGACAAGCGGCUCCUAGAUUUGUGAUUAAACCUCAGAGCACUUUUGCUUUUGAGGGUCAGUCUGCCAAGUUCUACUGCCGGGUAAUUGCUGCAGCACCAGCAACUGUCACAUGGUACCGUGAUAGUGGUGAACUGAAGCAGAGUGUAAAAUUCAUGAAGAGAUAUGAAGAAAAUGACUAUUACUUCAUCAUCAAUAGAUGUAAGGUGGAUGAUAAAGGAGAAUACAUUAUUAGAGCUGAGAAUCACUAUGGUUUUAGAGAGGAACCUGUAUUUCUCAAUGUACAGGCAAUCCCAAAAGAAAUUCCAAAGGUUAAGUUUGAAGAGCCUGUUAGGCGACGAAGAGUAGAACCUAAACUUAAACUGUGGGAAGAAGUUCCGGACAGUGGACCUUGCUUUACUUUCCUGUUACGUCCUCGGCUCAUUCAGUCUGGAAUUGGUGUCAAGCUCUUAUGUUGUGUGUCAGGCCAACCCAUUCCAGAGGUGAAAUGGUACAAGAACGAUCAAGAACUUAACAGAUAUGAUUAUAACAUGAGUUAUGCCGAUUCUGUUGCCAUUCUGGAAAUCCUUUCAUGUACAGUAGACAAUGCUGGCAAAUAUACCUGUCGUGCCGUUAACUCUCUUGGAGAGGAUGAGACAUCAUGUUUUGUUAUUGUUCAAGAUCGACGAGGGCCGGCAGCAGCACAUCCUACUGUGGUGGUGUCUCCUAGGGCAAUGACUCCUAGAUUACCUACUCCUUCCAAAACGUUCUUUUCUUCUUCUGUUAGUGACACCUAUAAGCGAGACUACAAACACGAUUAUUCUCAUGAAGCUGCUUCCUCUCAUUUCACCAGUCGUUCAUCAGACUAUUCCCACAAGUAUUCUUCAUCAGUUAAGACUUCCUCUCACGAGUCACACUCCUCCAAAACCAAGUUGUCCUCCCAGUCCUACAGCUCAUCAAGUUCUAGUAGUGCAUCUGUCAGUAAAUCAGCUCAUUUGUUAACAGCAGCAUCAUCCAAACUGUCCACUAGCUCAGAGUCUUUACUGUCUCCAAAACAUGCCAUGAAGCCAUAUGGAAAACAAGGAAGUACUAGUCCUCAGCGUUCUCGAACAGCCACAAAGGAGUUGGAAAUACCUGUAGACAAAGCCAUGAUAGCCCCAUCAUUCAAGCAAAGCCUUGAGGAUCUCAAGAUUAGGGAUGGAGAACCAAUUAUUUUAAAAUGUGUUGUAGCAGGGGACCCAGAACCAAAGGUGGAAUGGUUGAAAGAGGAUAAGAUUCUUCACUCCUCAGAAAUCAUUGACUUGAAGUACAAAAAUGGUGUUGCCACCCUGAUGAUUUCUGAAGCCUUCCCUGAAGAUGAGGGUGAAUACAUUUGUAGAGCUUCAAAUCCUUUAAACACUGUCUCCACCAAGUGCAAGUUAACAAUCCUUCCUAUGGAGGGAGGAGCAGCAGCUGGUAAAGGGGCAGAAAACAAACCUCCUCGAAUCACAGAACACCUGAAAAGCUUUGUUCUUAAAGAUGGAGAUCCAGUAACUCUGCAGUGUACAAUUAAAUGUCCCUCAAAGUUUGAUGUGAUUUGGCUCCACAAUGACAAAGAAAUCAAACCCAGCAAGGACUUUGACUACAGGCAUGAUGGUGAUGCUUACCAGCUAGUGAUCAGUGAGAUUUUCCCCGAAGAUGGUGGAUUCUACACGUGUGAAGCUUUCAAUGAUGGAGGCGAAGCAUUUAGCAGCUGCACGCUGGUAGUUUUAGUUCCUAAAGAGCCUUUGAAAGGUCCUGUAUUUGUGGAAUUUCCACAGUCUGCUACCGUUGUUGAAAAUCAACCAGUUACUUUUAAAGUCACAACAGAAAAGAAAGCUGUCUCAGGUUUGUAUUCAAAACUUGGAAUCUUUCUCUGGUUGAUACAAUAUUUCAUCAG